UAGUAAGUUGCUCAACUUUUUAAAGUAAUUGGACAAUGGACGAAGAAGAAGAGGGAUUCGACAGGCUUAAGCUAACAGGUGUGAUAGGAUUCAAUGGCAAAAUCCAGAACGGCUUUCUCGUUCAUCCUGACGGACAGCAUGUCAUCUUCUCUCUGGGGAGCAACGUCAUUAUUGAAAAUAUAAGUACAAGUGAGCAGUUCUUCUUACAAGGACAUACGAACAUUGUUGUUUGCAUUGAAAUCGACAGGUCAGGAUCAUUUAUAGCUUCUGGUCAGGUUACAUAUAUGGGAUACAAAGCAACAAUUAUUGUAUGGAGUUAUGAAAAAAGAGAAAAAUAUGCGGAGUUUGUGCUACACAAGGUAAAAAUUCAGGCUCUGAGCUUCUCCAGUAAUUCAAGUUACCUUGCAAGUCUUGGUGGACAGGACGACGGAAGUGUUGUAAUUUGGUCUAUACCAAAAAAAGAAGCUAUUUGUGGAAGCCCCGCUCAGCCACUGAGUGCAGGAGUAACAUUGGCUUUGGCUUUUGCUAACAUUUCUGAGGACACAUUUAUUACAGCUGGGGAAAAUACGGUGCGGGUAUGGAGUUUAGAUUUGGGAAACCGUAAAAUCAGGCCAGUAGACUGUAACUUGGGUCAAGUUAAACGGACAAUCCAGUGUUUGUCUGUUUUACAUAAUGACGAAAUAUUUUUUGCUGGAACCACAACUGGUGAUGUUUUGGCAAUUAGUAUGAAACACUACUUGUUGCAAGUUAUUACACCCGAAAAAGAUUGGCUCAGUAUGGGUGUAACGACACUCAAAAUAUUAGGAGAGUCGAUGCUGCUUGUUGGAUCAGGGAAUGGAGUUGUGCAAGAAAUUCGCUACACCGUUAAAAGUGAGGGGAAACGUCACUGCUCAACCUUGAAUAGAACGAACAAAAUGAAAGAGGUUCUAGGAAAGGUUACGGCUAUUAGCCUUCGUGGAGAAGGACACCAGUUCUUUGUUACAACUGAUAAAUGUCACCUGUACCGGUUCACUUAUUCAGAUUUCAAUCAUGAACUUGUUAAGACGUGCCAUAACGCUCCGAUCAAUGACAUUAAAUUUCCACAUCAAUGCUCCGAUUUGUUCGUAACGUGUGCCUAUCAAGAUAUUCGUGUUUUUAAUAAAUUAAAUCAACAUGAGCUUUUACGUAUCAAUAUUCCAAAUAUGACAUGUUAUUGUACAGAUAUAUUACAAGAUGGAACAGCUAUCAUAUCAGGAUGGGAUGACAGUAGAAUAAGAGCAUUUUACCCCGAAACUGGAAGGUUAAUGUUUACUAUCCAAAAUGCACACAAAAAAGGUGUAACUGCUUUAUGCACCACAUCAACAUGCGAUCGAAUAAUUAGUGGUGGCGGUGAAGGUCAAGUACGUGUAUGGGAUGUCAAAGAAACUAGACCAUUACAUUGUAAUAGACAAAAACGUACAGACAAAUCCAAUAGUACACCAGAAUCAACAUUCUCUAGUAUACUAGUAGCUACGAUGAAUGAGCACACAAAUGCUGUUUCAUGUAUUCAAAUAAGUAAAGAUGAUAAAUCAUGUGUAUCAGCUUCAGAAGAUUCUACUUGUAUUGUUUGGUGUUUAGAAACAUUCCAUCGUAAACAAAUAAUAUUUUCAAAUACAUUAUUCCGGUGUGUUUGUUAUCAUCCAACAGAAUGUCAAAUUAUUACAUCUGGUACAGAUAGAAAAAUUGGUUAUUGGGAAGUAUAUGAUGGUUCAUUAAUAAGACAAUUAGAUGGUUCACGUACAGGUUCAAUUAAUGGCAUGGAUAUUACAAUUGAUGGGAAUACAUUUGUUACAGGUGGAAAUGAUAAACUUGUCAAGGUCUGGAAGUACAAUGAAGGUGAAGUAACUCACGUGGGGCUGGGACACACAGCAACAAUAACAAAAUUAUGCAUAUCACCAGACCAAAAAAAUGUCGUCACAGUCAGUGAAGAUGGAGCUAUUUACAUCUGGGAAAUGCCAGUAAUUAACGAAACGAGCUAGAUUUCAUAUAAAUGAAAUGGAAUUAAUUUGAAAAAAUGUCAAGAGUAUAGGAGCAAAAGAACUAAUUUUAGUCUAUCAUAACACAGUUUGAUUACAUUUUCCUGCAUAUGUAUCUUUCUAUGUUGGUAUACACAUAUUGAGAAUUCAUGAAAACUACAGGUAAAUCCUAUGCAUAUCUGAAUUUUCA